UAGCACUUAUAGUUGGUUGGAAGCUUACUUUGGUCUGCUUAUGUUGUGUACCUUUAUUAAUUGGUUCUGGUGCAUUACGUAUGAAAAUGAUUAAUGGUUUUCAACAAAAAACUAAGAAAGCCUAUGAACAUUCUGCGCAAAUCGCUUGCGAAGGUGCUAGUAAUAUUCGAACUGUUGCUGCUCUCACACGUGAAGAAGAUUUAUGGAAUAUAUAUCAUCAUUUACUAGACGAACCUAUGCGUCAAGGUUUUAAAAAUGCCUUCUUUGCCUCCACCACCUUUGCUUUCGCACAAUGUGUAAACUUUUUCACACAAGCUUUAGCAUUUUGGUAUGGUAGUAGAUUGUUUCUAGACAAUGAAUAUGACCUUACUAAAAUGUUUACGGUCUUUAUGGCCAUUUUGUUUGGAUCAAUGUCUGCCGGUCGUGUUUUUGCUUUCGUUCCUGAUAUGUCCAGAGCAAAAUCUGCAUCUGCAACCAUAAUUUCAUUGUUAGAACGUGUUCCUAUAAUUGAUACAUGGCGUCAAGGUGGUAAAAAGCUUGAAACUAUCGAAGGUCAUCUUAAAUUCACUGAUGUCCAUUUCCGUUAUCCAACUCGACCAAAAAUUCCUGUUCUUCGAGGUUUAAAUUUAGAAAUUAAACCUGGACAAUAUGCAGCAUUAGUCGGUCCAUCAGGAUGUGGUAAAAGUACCACAAUAGGUCUUAGUGAAAGAUUUUAUCAAGUAACGGGUGGUAGUAUUACAAUUGACGGAACUAAUAUUGCUACAAUGAAUGUGAACAAUCUUCGGGAACAUAUUGCUCUUGUAAGUCAGGAACCAUCAUUAUAUGAUAUGACAAUCAAAGAAAAUAUUCUUUUCGGUUGUCGACCUGGACAGAAUCCUACUCAAGAGGAUAUAGAAAGG